GCGUGGAGUGGGACGGCUGCGGGAGGCCGGCCGUCUUGCGGGGCUCUGCUCUCCUAGGGAGCUUCACACUGGAGAGCCCAAAGGAGUGGAAGAACCUGUCUUGGAGAUUUUCCCGGGGAAAUCCUGAGAUCCUUCAUUAUGAAGUGUACCGCGCAGGAGUGGCUGAGAGUAACCACAGUGCUAUUCAUGGCUCGAGCCAUUCCAGCCAUGGUGGUUCCUAAUGCCACUUUGUUGGAGAAACUCUUGGAAAAGUACAUGGAAGAGGAUGGUGAGUGGUGGACGGCCAAGCAAAGAGGGAAACGGGCCAUCACAGACAAUGACAUGCAGAGUAUCUUGGACCUCCAUAAUAAAUUACGAAGUCAGGUGUAUCCGACCGCAUCUAAUAUGGAGUACAUGACGUGGGACGUAGAGUUGGAAAGAUCUGCGGAGUCCUGGGCCGAAACUUGCUUGUGGGAACACGGACCUGGGAGCUUGCUUCCAUCGAUCGGACAGAAUUUGGGAGCGCAUUGGGGAAGAUAUAGGCCCCCAACAUUUCACGUACAGGCAUGGUAUGAUGAAGUGAGAGACUUUAGCUUCCCAUAUGAGCAUGAGUGCAACCCAUAUUGUCCCUUCAGAUGUUCUGGUCCUGUCUGCACUCAUUACACACAGGUUGUGUGGGCAACAAGUAGCAGAAUAGGCUGUGCCAUUAAUUUGUGUCAUAACAUGAACAUCUGGGGGCAGAUAUGGCCCAAAGCUGUCUACUUGGUGUGCAAUUAUUCCCCAAAGGGAAACUGGUGGGGACACGCCCCCUACAAACAUGGAAGACCCUGUUCGGCUUGUCCUCCUAGUUUUGGAGGAGGCUGUAGAGAAAAUCUAUGCUAUAAAGAAGGAUCAGACAGGUACUACACUCCUCGAGAAGAAGAAACCAAUGAAAUCGAACGGCAGCAGUCACAAGCACACGAUGCCCACGUUCGGACGAGAGCUGAUGAUAGUGACACAAACGAAGUCGUCAGCACGCAGCAAAUGUCUCAAAUUGUUUCCUGUGACAUAAGAUUAAGAGAUCAGUGCAAAGGAACAACCUGCAAUCGAUAUGAAUGCCCUGCUGGCUGUUUGGAUAGUAAAGCUAAAGUUAUUGGCAGUGUACAUUACGAAAUGCAAUCCAGUAUCUGUAGAGCUGCAAUUCAUUAUGGUAUAAUAGACAAUGAUGGUGGUUGGGUAGACAUCACUAGACAAGGAAGAAAACAUUAUUUCAUCAAAUCCAGUAGAAAUGGCGUUCAAACAAUUGGCAAAUAUCAGUCGGCUAAUUCCUUCACAGUCUCUAAAGUAACAGUUCAGGCUGUCACUUGUGAAACGACUGUGGAACAGCUCUGUCCAUUUCAUAAGCCUGCGUCCCAUUGCCCAAGAGUAUACUGCCCUCGGAACUGUAGGCAGGCAAAUCCACAUUAUGCUCGAGUAAUUGGAACUCGAGUUUAUUCUGAUGUGUCCAGUAUCUGCAGAGCAGCGGUACACGCCGGCGUGGUUCGAAAUCACGGGGGUUAUGUUGACGUUAUGCCUGUGGACAAAAGAAAGACUUACACCGCUUCUGCUCAGAAUGGCAUAAUCUCAGAAAGCUUACAGAAUCCCCCAGGAGGAAAGGCAUUCAGAGUAUUUGCUGUUGUGUAAAACGGAACACUUGGAAGGGGAGUGCAGAGACUAUUCCAAAUGUCGUAUUUCUGAAGUUUGUAUAAAACUGUAACAUUACUGUACAGAAGAUAUCAACUAUUUUCAGCCCUCCCCCCCCCCCCGCAAAGUGCCAAAUGCAUAUAAAUCUCCGCAGACAAAGUCUGUAAAAUAAAACAUGGGACAUUAUUAGCUUUGGAAAAAGUAAUGAAUAUGUAAUGGUUUUAGAAAUCCUGUGUUAAAUAUUGCUAUAUUUUCUUAGCAGUUAUUUCUACAGUUAAUUACAUAGUCAUGAUUGUUCUACUUUUAUAUAUUAUAUUAUAUGGUGCUUUGUAUAUGCCACUAAUAAAAUGAAUCUAAACAUUGAAUGUGAAUGGCCCUCAGAUAAUCAUCUGGUGCAUUUAAAAAUAUUAAUAACAAAGAUAGUAUCUCCAGAAAUUAAAGUAACCAUGUUAUAACAUUUCCCCCAGUUUAAUGCUAUGUCAUUACCUACUCUAAAUAAUCUCCAGUUAUUUUCCACUUAAUACCUGCAUAGUUUUUCUCCUCUAAGUGUAGGCAUAAAGGAUGUUAAGUCCUGAUACUGUACUUCUUAUGUUUGAUUCCUUGUGAAUGGCCUGAAGAAUAAAUGGAAUGAAGUCAGAGGGGCUUGUAUGAAAACAUUCCUAGAGAUUAUAUAAUAAACAAAAGGGUACGCAUAGGCAGCCAGUGCUUUCCAUGUAUUGUUCAAACUGGGGUCACGCAUUUUCUUUUGUAUCCUGGCAAAUACUCCUGCAGGCCAGGAAGUAUAAUAGCAAAAAGUUUAACAAAGAUGAACUAAGGUAUUGCAUCACCAUUGCCACUGAUUUUCUUAAUGGUAAAUGGCUGUGUGUAUAAUUGUUGUCAUAUUAUGGUACCUAUAAUGGUGAUAUAUUUGUUUCUAUGAAAAAUGUAUUGUGCUUUGAGAAUAAAAACCUGUAAAAUGUUAAU